AUGUUAUUUAUAAUCAAUAUAAUUAUAUUAAUUUUACCAAUAAUUUAUUGGUUAUUAUUAACGAAUGGUUAUCGUAAAUUAUUAUGGAUUAAAAAUUUUCAUCAUUCGAAUAUAAUCACUAAUAAGAAUGAUAAUGAUAAUUUGGAAGACGCCAGUGAUGAUGAUGAUAAUCUAAAUGAACAAUUUAUCUAUCAAGAUUAUUCAUUCAAUUCGGAUUCAAUACAGAUACAAAUUGAUGGACCAUCAACACCACCACCAAAUUUGAAUGAUUAUCGACAACAAAAAUACGAAGAUAAUAAUGAUAUUAUUGUUGAUGAUGAUGGUGAUGAACGAAAAUCAUUUAUGCUCAACGAAACAACAAUCGAUAGUCAAUUAAUCGAUAGUCAUAAAAAAGGAUAUCGAAUAUUAUUCUGGGAAGAAAUCUUUAUACAAUUAUCAUAUUUAUUAUUGAUUAUCGUUUAUCUUGGUGAAUUAAUUGAAUUACUUAUUCUAAAUAUUGGUUUCGAUAAUAAUCAUCAACAUCAUCAAAUAGAUAAUUUUAUCAUCAAACAUUUAGAAUUGAUCAAUAUUAUUCUAAAAAUCCUAAUUCAUCUAAUAUUAUAUGGUGUUUUGUCUUUCAUUCGAAAAUAA